UUACUGGAGUACUUUUACAAUGGAGAACGCGACCCGCCGCUGUGCUCCCGUUGACGAUUCCAGUUCGACGUACAAUUCGCCGGUAAUUAUUAUAACAUGCAUCCUGGGAUUCAUUGGAAAUGCGAUUGCUUUGUGGAUCUACUGCUUCCAUGUGAAGAGCUGGAAGCCAAACACGGUCUAUUCUCUGAACUUGGCAAUUGCGGACACUCUGCUAAUCAGCUGUCUUCCGUUCCGAGCCACCUACUACAUAUAUGACAAGGAUUGGAUUUUUGGUGAUGUCUUCUGUCGCCUGAACAUAUUCAUGAUUUCCUUAAACCGCGUCGGCAGCGUCAUUUUCCUUAUGAUCAUAGCGAUUGAUCGCUAUUUUAAGGUGGUCCGUCCGCUCCACAAAGCAAACAAGGCAACUCCAAGGUGUGCGGUGAAGGUAGCAAUCGUCCUUUGGAUUGUGGCAGUGGCGAUUUGUUCGCACUUGUUGAUAGAAAGACACGACUUCAUCCAAAGGAAUGUCACGUUCUGUGAGCCUUUCAACAUAAACUACCCCAUGAAUCCCACAGCAAUUUGGACUGAUGCGGUUUUUAUAAUAUUUAAGUUUGUGUUACCGGUUACGGUGAUUCUGUUCUCUACCUCCUGCAUCAUCUGGAAGUUAAGACAGAUGGACAGUGACUUAAGGGGUAAAUAUAAGCGAGCGAUUAAGCUUGUGAUCGCCGUGACGGCAGUUUUCAUAUUUUGUUUCCUGCCCACUAAUGUUGCUGUGGUCGCCGUUUUAAUCACAAGGCUUAGAAGUGAUGAAGAUUGCCAGUCAUAUAUCGUGGCAGUUAAUAUAUUUUAUAAUACAUUAUUCAUGACAUAUCUGAACAGUGUGGUCGAUCCAGUUAUCUACUACUUUUCAAGUUCUGCGUUUAAAGGUGCCUUGAGGAAAGCUCUGGGCCCCCUUAAUGUCAGCUUUUCCAAAUCAACAACCGAUCAGGAAAUGGAGCCCCGCGAAUCGAAGGCAGAGCUGUCUACGGAUCGACACCUGAGCUCGGCGGUUUUCCUCUGAUCGCCUGCAGUUCGAUUCUGCUGUGUAAUAUCGAUUCUUCUUCCCAGAUUAUGUAGCUCAAUGAUAUCCUGCGACUUUGUGCAAAACCACGCAAUCAUGCACGUUUUGUCAAGAAGUGGCUCGAUCCUAACCUGUUCCGAAACGAACUGUGAUUAAGUCUCGAUGUUGCGCGUAUCUGUUUAAAUCCUUUUAAAGUUCAACGUUCAAAGUAAAUUUAUUAGCAAAAUACCUGUAUGUCACCGUAUGCUGCUGAGAUUCAUUUUCUUGCAGGUGCUCACGGUAGAACAAAGAGAUUAAAUAGAAUCAAUGACAAGCUUCACACAAAGAUUGACCAACAACCAAUGUGCGACUGCAAAGAAAGUCGGCAUUGUAAUUAAACAACCAUUUAAUUGGUUAAACAAAUGGAUAGAUGGAUAAAUAAAUAGAUAGACUAAUUAAGAAGUAGGUAUGUAAAUGAGAACAGGAGUUGUAGAAUGCUUGAAAGUGAGUCUAUAGGUUGUGGAAACAGUUCAGAGCUGAGGUGGGUGAAGUUAUCCACGCUUGUCCAGGAGCCCAGUGCUUGAAGUGUCCUAACUGUUCCUGAACCUGGCGGUAUGGGACCUAAGGCUCCUGCACAUUCUUCCCAAUGACAGCUGCGAGAAGUGAGGAUGCCCUCUCUGGUGGGGGUCCUAGAUGAUGGAUGCUGCUUUAGUGUGGCAGUGCAUCUUGUAGAUGUGCUCGGUGGUGGAGAGUGACUGAUAAAGGGACCAUUUCAGCAGAAGUUAGAAAUGUCACUGAGACUACGGGGAGUAUGGGAGGGGGGGAGAACUUCUUCACUCAGAGGGUGUGAGAGUGCGGAACAAGCUUCCAGCACAAGUGAUGCAUGUGAGCUUGAUUUCAAUGUUCAAGAGAAGUUUGGUAGGUACAUGGAUGGUAGGGGUAUGGAUGGCUAUGAGUCCAGUUGCAGGUCAAUGGGAGUAUGCAUUUUAAAUGAUUCAGCACAGAAGGGCCUGCUUCUGAGCUGUAUUUUUCUAUGACUGUACAUGAUUAAAGUUGCUCCUUCUCAACCAUGCUGCUUUCAUUUAAGUCCAAUAUAUUUUUCAUACAGUUCUCGCCUAUUCUCUCGCCAAAUUGCUCUGUUCUUACUGAUAUUUGAUUAGUUCAAUGUAACGUUACUCAAUUAAGUGCAAAGCAGAGCAAUGCUGGUCCAGCCGAAUAUGCACUUGGCAAUCAGCAGCAGAGUGUUGGGGAUGUCAAGCAGUACUUAUUAACAGCAUGACUGUAUAGUGCCAUUGCCGUCCGGCAGUGUAGUGGCAUCAGCACUGGCCUUCAAGGCCAGUGGUCCCAGGUUCGAAUCCGGCUGGCUCCUGCACUUGCUUCCCCACUGACCCCAUCUCUGGCCCAGGACCCAGGGCAGAUCAGGAGCACAUGGAGGCCCUGUGUAAGUUGGGGAAGGAGUGCACUGCUACCCACUCGUCUGCCCUGAUUGUGGAAGAGUCUGCUGUUGGCAUCUUAGCCUCAUUAGCCACCUCUUCUCAGAGCCAGUCUUCUCAAUCCCAAGGGACUGCCUCCGUAAUAAGUCUCUCAAAAUGUUAAAGCGUGAACUAGUGAUAGUCACGUUUUAGCAGUACAGCUGGGGAACUGUAAAUGAGGAAAUACUGCUGUCCUUUUUCCUAUUGCGUACAGAAUUAUAUUUUGUUGAAGUAGACCUAGCAUUUUGACUAGGCUUAGACAUUGCAAUGAAUUAACUCAAAUCUGUUCUUCAGAUGCUUUCAUCACCGGGCACAUGAGAUGUGACACCCACCCCCAAUCCUCCCCCAUUCCAUCCUGUGCUUGACGAUCUUUGUGCUCUUUAUAACUUGUAAUGUUUUAUUGUAUUUCAAAAAAAUGGAACUUUAAUCAUGAUAUAAAUUACAUACAGUACAAAGGAAUAAACAGUGA